AGCUCGACGUGUGUGCGACUCCACGCAUGACGUUACCGCAGAAACUAUGCCGGCGUGUUUCAGCCGUUCGACUUACAGUUUUCCCCACCCUACCCAUCACUUCUAAUACUCAACCUCUGAUCCAGCAGAACUUUCCCUUCUUUUCGAUCUAGUUUUCCACUUCCCAAUGCCUCGUCGAGCAAGGCAAAUGCAUUCAUAGUUUCGUACGUGGCCUAAUCAUUCCUUCUCUCUCUCUCUCUCUCUCUCUCUCUCUCUCACAUUUAUCAGUGAGUCGAGGAGGAAAACUUGGUUCUUAUCCUUCGUGCCUGACCUCUCCUGGGGAGAAACACCUCUUCUCGUGGCUGUCUCUCUUGAUCUCUCCCAGGGUCAUUCUUCUGCAUGCAUGGAGAUUUCCAACGCUCGCCAUCAGUUUUGCUGAUAGAAGUGGCGAUUCCUACACCUAUAUUUCUUUUGAAUCUUCCCUGUGUGGAGGCCAUCACCUCUUUCAAAGAGAUCUGUUGCUACUGAAGGUUUGCUCAGACAUCCUCCACUACUGAACUAGAAUUCUUUCUGGAGAGAGACUUUUUCUCAGUUUCUGAAAGAAACUCUGCAGUAGAAAUUGUUUCCGGCCUUAUCCCUCUUUACUUUCCUAACAUCGGUUCUGCUACAGUUCUCUCUCUCUCUCUCUCUCUCUCUCUCUCUCUCUCUCUCUCUCUCUCCACACCCCCCCCCCCCUUCUCUCUCUUGCAAGUGCUUAUGCUAAUAUCUAGAUUGAUCAUUCUUGUGUUUGAUGAGUUCUUUUUUUGUUUUAGCUAUUUGAUUGAUCAUAUGCAUUUUUUUUCCUUCUCUUUUGCGAGACAUGAUCUGGGUAUCAUUCUUUAUCUUCCAAUUUCGACCUCAAUUUCCAUCUGAUGUUGUGAAUCUUCUAAUGUUCUUCCUCUUCUUCUUCUUGUAAGCCAUCAUCUUCUUUCUUCUUGGAUUUAGCCACUUGUUUUACUUCACAUGCCACUUCCGAUGCUUCUUUUGUAAAGGCUGACAUCCCACUAUAGCCCUUGAAAUUAAAGUUGAAGUACACCAUGUGGGGUUUGGUUCUAAGGACAGUCGUUCAUGACUCCGUUUUCCAAAUGCAUGAUGAAGAAGAAUGGAAGUACAGAGAAGGAUUAAAGAAUUUGAUAGUGAAAGGAAGCAGCUAUAACUCAAAACUAAUGUCACUACCGGUGUGGAUGUUAAUUGCUUCUUCUGUGCAGCCACAGGCAAUGGCUAGCCAUGGAUUGACUCAGCAGCAACAGGAUAGGAAGCUCACGCCUCAUCCGGAGCAAGCCCUGAAGUGCCCCAGGUGUGCCUCCACCAACACCAAGUUCUGUUACUACAACAACUACAGCCUCUCCCAGCCCAGGUACUUCUGCAAGGGUUGCCGGAGGUACUGGACUCAGGGAGGCUCUCUCAGGAAUGUCCCAGUGGGAGGUGGAUGCAGGAAGAACAAGAGAUCCUCCUCUUCCUCUUCCACUUCCCCUUCCUCGAAGAAGUCGCAAGAGCAAGACCUCAACUCUACCCACUCCAACCCACUACUCCCUACCCUCAUCCCCCCACCUCUUUCAUAUGAUCCAACUGACCUCACCUUCUCUUUUACUGGACUUCCAAAGCACCCACUCGCGAAGCAGUUUGGCCUGGAAGACAAUAACCAUGACGCUGACCCAAUGCCAUCUGCUCCAACCCCAACAAAUGGUGGUUUCCUUGACAUCCUGAGAACUGGUUUUGUUGACAUCACAAGCCCAAGCGGCUUGAGCAACAACCUUUACUAUAGCUAUGGAAUCCAUGGCGGUCUGGAGAUGGCAACUGGUGUUAGUAGGGAAGAGGGAGGACUAAGUGGCGCAACAGCAAGUGCAACAACUAGCCAAGGGUCAUGCAAAGCCAUGGAUGGAGGGGAUAACAAGGUGCGGACAGGUCUUCCAUGGCAGGAUGGAAACAUGGAUGCUUCAAAGGAUUGCUGGGAUGGUUUUGGUUCUUCUUUGCAGGGACUAAUCAAUAGCUCUGGGCUGUAAGAGGUGCAAUUAUAGAGGACCAUAUCCUUCUCUCUUUAAACUCUGGAAAUGAUGCAAAAAUCUCUUGUAUGGUCGAUGAGAGAGUAAUGAUCCAAUAAUUAUACACCAAAA